ACAGAGCAAACAAAGCCAACGUGAUCAGAGAGGGAUAUAUAGCUAGCUAGCUAGCAUAGCAUGGCGCUUGUAGCCGACGACGACGCCGAGCUCAAGGCCAAGGCCAAGGCCAAGGCCGAGGUCUACUACGGCGACGAGGCCUGUCAGCUGUGCGCGCAGCUCCUGCUGAGGGAAGCAGGCCUCCCCAACGGCCUGCUGCCGCUGGAGGACCUGACGGAGUGCGGCUACGUCCAGGAGACCGGGUACGUGUGGCUGAAGCAGGGCAGGAGGGUCGACCACGUCUUCCGGAGCCUCGGACGCCUCGUCUCCUACGGCGCCGAGAUCACCGGGUACGCCGAGAAGGGCCGGAUCAGGAAGGUGAAGGGGAUAAAGACCAGGGAGCUCAUGCUGUGGGUGCCCGUCGAGGAGAUCGCCGCUCUUGGCGACCCGGCGGCUGGCGGGAAGCUUGUCUGCAAGAGCGUUGCUGGGAUCACCAGGACCUUCCCUGCGUCUGCCUUCCAUGUCCCUGAGAAGGCGGCGGCGGCGGAGGAGGUGAAGGUGGACUGUGCCAGGGCGCCGCCCGCCACACCGGUGCUCGUCCUCAUGGACAGAUCAGGAGCUCCACCAGUUGUUAAGAACAACUGAUGCUUGCGUGCUUACGAACGAAAGCGAACCAUGCAUGACCCCCCAACCAAGUUCAUUUCAUCCUUUCAUGCAUGUACUAUGUAUGUAGCUCUACAUAUAUAUAUAUUGCUACUACUAUCAA